ACCGGGAACCGAAUGCAAACAAGUUUACCACCAAUUUUCUUCGUCUACAGAUGAGCCCUAAUUUAUUCAAAAAGAAAAGAUGAACCCUAAUUUCCUCUGUCUCUGAACUUGGAAGAUCUGGUUUCCAUUAUCUCCUCCAUCUUCACGUUCCGAAAUUGUAGAUAGAAGAUCACACUUGCUCAAUUCCCUUCUCAAGCUUUCAGAAGAUCGUCUAUAUCCUCGAGAUUGGAUGGGGGCGAGGAAUCUCAGAAUGUUUUUUUUGUGCGAAUAAACCAUCAAAUCGGUCGCUAAAGUAUUACCCCUCUCCUAAGUAGUCCUUAAAUUAUUGUUGGUUGGCAAUGCAAGAUCCAAGGAUUCCUUUGUCAGAGGAGAUCUUGAAUAAUAAACCAAGGAAGAAGAAAAACUCAACCCAGAAGGCAUCUUUAUUUCUUUUGCAAGCGAAUGGUGUCAAGGAAGAUGGACAGGCAUCUCUGUCUUUAAAAUCAGGACAGAAGGGUUCCAAGAGACACUUGAUGACUGAAGUCUCACCACCUUUUCAGAAACAAGAAGGUUCCAAUUCAGAUUCGUUGCCUGACUCCUCUGCUGCUGGAAAUGAGUACCGCGCAUUGAGGAGGAAGUAUAUGCUGCUGGAGGAUGAGAGCUUUGCAUUAGGGAAAGAGGUUAGAGAGGUCGAAGAUGAGGUAAAAACCCUUGAAGAUGAAAAGAUUGCACUGUUGGAUCAGCUUGUUGUAAUGGAAGGCCUUGUUAAUCCAGCGGAGAAGCACUCAUAGUGUUUGCAACUAUGCUAACACUCUGUAUGUCAUUUCAUCUCCUGAUCAUGACACCUAUAUGUACUAUAUAAUGUCUAAAAUAGAAGUGUCAGUGUUGGCUCCUUUUGUCUAGCUCUAGAAAUUGGAUGAUAAAAAUCAUUUGUAGAGAUAUUAAGUUGAAAUUCCAUCGUUGUUUAGGUUUUAGGCAGAAUACUUUAAUAAUUAUGUCUUUAAUCAUGGUAAAUGUUCAUAUUUCUUGUUCACUAUGUUAUAGUUUCCUAUGAAUUGUGAUGUGCAUUGUAUUGUUUUAUACGGCAGCAAGAUUCUGUCAUUGGGCAAUGAACUUCUGGUUCAAGUAGACAUCCAAGUUUACUGUCAA